AGCAGCAGCAGCAGCAGCAGCAGCAGCAGCAGCAGCAGCAGCAGCAGCAGCAGCAGCAGCGGCGAGGGCCCGAGGGCGUCUCCUGCUGCCCGCCGCGCGAGCCGCGACCCGACCCCGAGAGCGACCCGCGGGCGCAGCAGCAGCCCGAGCAGCAGCAGCAGCAGCAGCAGCAGCAGCAGCAGCAGGAGCCGGAGCAGGGGGACAGCGAGAGCUGCGGCAGCGGCGAGUGCGCGUUCGCCGGGGCCAGCGACGACACGCCGCUGGUGGUGCUGGGCCGCUGCCGCUCGAGCGACGGCUGGAGACACGGCAGCAGCAGCGGGAGCGACGAGUCUUACGUGGAGAGCAGCAGCAGCAGCAGCAGCAGCACGAGAGGCGCAGCUUUCGACAGCAGCUGCUGCGGCGGCAGCCACGGGAGCUGCGGGCACUGGCGGCGAGGCCUGGGGGAGGAGAAGACAGAGGCAGUGGACGGGGGCACUUGGAUUCGCGAGGCUGUGCGGUAUAUGGAGUUGGUGGUGGAGGGCAGCAGCAGCACGGAAGCAGCAGCAGCAGCAGCAGCAGCUGCGGCGGCCUCCUACUGCAGCAGGAUGAAGAGCCGGCUCGCAGCAGGCAGCCGCAGCCUCGAGCUCUCCCAGGGCCCCCAGCUUGCUGCUGCCUCUGCUGCUGCUGCUGCUUCUGCUGCUGCUGCAGCAGAAGCCGGCCCCUGCCGGCGCUCGCGGCUGAAGGGCGGCACGGCCAAGUCCACGCUGGGGGGCGCAGACGAGCGCCCCGUUGCUGCUGCUGCUGCUGCUGAAGACGAGGAAGCUGCAGCGCCGCUGCAGCAAGUCCAUGUCCUCGUGCUGCAGCUCUACAAGCAGCUGCAGCAAAUCGCCCGCCAGGUCUUGAAGGAGGACUGCGACUGUUCUCACUGCCCCUGCAUCCAGCAGGGGGAAGGCCGCCGGGCCUUUCCCGUGGGGGAGCAGGUCGGCAGCAACAAUAGCGGCAGCAGCAGCAGCAGCAGCAGCAGCAGCAGCAGCAGCAGCAGCAGCAGGGUGUGUGCCUGUUGCGCUUUUAGCCCCCCUCUGCGGAUAGGCGCUGCGCUGGCGCACCUCUACAGCGAAAACCCAGCCCGCUUCUCGCUGCUGAUGCACGACUCUUUGCUGCUGGCGCUGCUGCCGCUGCAGCGGCAUGCUGUUGCUGCUCUCGCCGACGCUGUGCUGCAGCAGCCUUCCCCGCUGGCUUCGCUGCUUCUGGACGAGGGCCCCUCGCGGCUCCUCGAAGAGACAGCGGAAGCGACUGCAGCGGGAGUGGUUGCUGCUAGCGCCGGCUGCCGCGCCAGCGCCAGCAAGGGCGCGCAGCAGCAGCAGCAGCAGCAGCAGCAGCAGCAACAACCGCAGCAGCAGCAGCAGCAACAACAACCGCAGCAGCAGCAGCAGCAACAACAACCGCAGCAGCAGCAGCAACAACAACCGCAGCAGCAGAAGCAGCAGCAGCAACCGCAGCAGCAGCAGCAGCAGCAGCAGGGUCCGCAGCAGCCGCAGGAAGACGCUGUGAAUGUGCCCGGGCGGCAGGCCCUUCUGGCGGCGGCGCUGGGGCGGGCCGGCAGCAACAGCAGCAUCUGGAGUGUUGUGGAAAAGAUGAGAAGACGGUCUUGGCCCGGGUACUUGGGCCCGGCGAACUUGGGGCGAGUGGGGCCGAGCUACAGCUGCUGCGGCGUGCCGCUGUGUGUGCACAAGCGUGCUGCAGCGAAGCGGUUUGUGCAGCGGCAGCGGGGGCAGCACUCGCCGUGGCAGCAGCAGCUGCAGCAGCUGCAGCAACUGCAGCAACUGCAGCAACAGACGGAGCGGCAGCAGCAGCCUCCCGCCAAAGAUGCGGAGGCCUGUUUGCUGCUGCGCAAGGAAGGUGAGGGCGGCCGGGGGAGCCGAGUUUCACCGAAGAAAACGGCAGCUGCAAAGACGGCUGCCGCCGUCCCAGCAGCAGCAGCGGGCGCUGCUGCUGCUGCUGCUGCUGGCGGGCCGGAGUGCAGCGGCUGCGGCUGCGCGUCUGCUGCUCCCGGCUGCGCCGGCUGCGCCCGAGUGCAGAAGCAGCUGGGGCUGUUCAACAGCAGCACGGAGCCGCCCUGGACUUUGGGGCAGUACGUGACGCGGCUGCAGCACUUGGCGUCGGCGACGGAACACGAGAUGCUGAUGGCGCUGCUGCUGCUGACGCACCUGCAGCAAAGGCAGCAGCAACUCCGGAUUUCGCAGAAAAACGCCCACCGCCUGCUUUUGGCAGCUCUUGUUCUUGUUUCGAAAGUUGUACGAGAUGACCACACGCCGCUGGCUAUGUGGGCUGUCGUGGGCGGGGUGCCGCCUCGGGAGCUGGCAGCUCUUGAACUGGCCCUUCUGGAGCUGGUGGGCCACCGCGUUUCGUUCACUUUCCCUGAGUUUGCUGCUGCGUAUUGCCUGGCGGCGGCGGUUUCCCACCUGCAGCAGCAGCAGCGGAGGCCGGGCGCGCAGCAGAAGCAGCAGCAGCUGCAGCGGCUGCCGCAGCAGCUGCUGCAGCUGCGCGACGUGCGCAGCAGCUCAGCGGACCCGGCAAGACAGCGUUUCGGGGAAGGACCCGCUGCGGGGGAGGAGGAGGAGGCCGCAGCAGCGGGGCCAGCGAGAAGCAAAGAAAAGAGGAAGGAAAGUACCGGCAGCGACAUUAGCGCCUCCAGAGAGGCCGAAUGUGAGCCUAGCAUCAACGUGAACUCAGCAGGAUCAAUUGUGGAGCUCUCCGCGCGAACUGCUGGCCGAGAGAAGUCUCUGGUGCCUUUGCGGUGUAAGCACACCGUGGCAGCGUUGCCCCGGCCGGCCCUGAAGACCAACCCCAUUCUGCGGCGACUUGCGCAGCUGCGAGGCGACGCGAGUUGGCUGUAG